CCGCGCCUCGGCGCGACGCGCGCCAUGGACCCGCGCUUCGGUCGCGACCGCGCGAACGCGCGCGCGCGCGCGCGCGCGCCGCCGCCGCCGCCGCCGUUGCCGCACCGCGCGCCGCCACCGCCACCGCCACCGCCGCACCCCGCGAACGACGACGCGAACGUCGAGAUCGACGUCGACGCGCUGCGAUCGAUGCCCAAGGACGAGCGGCGCGCGCUGGCGCGCAUCGCCAAAGCGCUGCUGUCCGCCGAGGACGAAGAGACGAAGAUCGAGCUCGCGGCGGAGUUGCAAAAGAGAUGCGCGCGCGCGGCGAAUGCGGCGGCGAACGGGACGGCGACGCCGAACGCGGGACGCGAGGACGACGACGCGCGACGACGCGAUGAGGACUCGAACGCGACGGGAACGUCGGCGAUGGCGCGCGCGGGCGCGCGGUUCGGCGACUGGACGGCGUCGCGAGAGGACGCCGAGACGCCGAGGACGAAGAAGCGCAAGACGACGACGAGCGAGACGGCGAGCGGGACGGUUCCGUCGUCGACCGAACGCGCGGCGCGCAUGGAUCGCGCGCAGCGAUUCGCGCGGGAGGCGAUACAGUUCGCGAGCGACGUGGCGAACGCGAAGGGGCGCGGGACGCCGACGAUGCAGGAGAUGAAGAUGCGCGACGCCGCGGCGGUGGGGACGAACACGGCGCUGGAGAAGACGUAUUUACGCCUGACGGAGGCUCCGUCGAUGGCCACGGUGCGACCGCCGCACGUGUUAGAGCGCGCGCUCGAGUUGGUAAAGAGUAAAUGGGUCGCGCAUAAAGAUUACGAGGGUUACGCCAAGGAUCAGUUGAAAUCGAUCCGGCAGGAUUUGACGGUGCAGCACAUUCGCGACGGGGAUUUGGUGUUGCAGACGUACCAGACGCACGCGCGCAUCGCGCUCGAGUGCGGAGAUUUAGCGGAGUAUAAUCAGUGCCAAGCCGUGCUGAAGGUGCUUCACGCGGAACUACUCGAGCGCACGUUCGGCGUCGAUCACCCGUCGCCGUCGAAAAAGGGGAAAAAGUCUGCGUCCAAAAAGUCGAGCGGGAAGAAGCGAUCGUCGAGCGAACGCGACGAAGACACGGAUCGUUUCCCGGAAGGUACGGACGAUAUCGCCGAGUUCGCGGCGUACAGAUUAAUCUACGCCGCGGGCGCGGGCUCGAAGGGCGAGCGAAGUGCCGCGCUUCUGCGCGAGCUUCGCGACAUCCCGCCGCGGCUGCGAACGCACCCCUUCCUGGAGCACGCCGUCCGCGUCUGCCGAGCGCUCGCGUCGUCCAACUUCCACCGUUUCUUCGCCCUGUACAACACCGUUCCGCGCAUGGGCGCGUACCUCAUGGACAUCAUCGCUCCAUCCGUUCGCACGGACGCCGUUCGCGCCGUUCUCCGCGCGUACGCUCCCACCGUUCCCGUGGAAUUCGUCGCCUCGGCGCUCGGCUUUUCCUCGAGCGCUUCGUGCGCCGACGCCCUGGCCGAGCGCCAUCGCGCCGUCUUCGACGGCGCCGCGCGCGAUCGCCUCGACGUCAGGGCCACGAACGCCGCCAUCGCCGCCAACGCCGUUCGACCGUCCGUGUUAGAUCGUCUCGCGCGUUUUUAA